GCCUUCAAGUUUGAGAAACACCUCCGUGACGCACGAGGAGACACCCUGACCCCAUCCCGCUGGAGACGGAGAACCCCACCACGACAUAGGCUACAUCCGAGCUUUUCCUCUCACUGUGAAGGUGAUGUUUGAGGAAGAGGUGAUGCACGAGGAGUCCAGCUCCCCGGAGUCUCCAGUGGACAGUCUUGGCAACAGCGAGGAGGAGCUCGACCACAGGCGACAGCAGAAACGCAGCAGCGGCAGGAAGAGACGCCCGAGCCGGAAGAACGGAGAGGAUUCCGACAGUCCCACUCCCGGGAAGAGAAGCAAGAAGCUCAGCAACAGCGGCGGCGACGACAGCCCGCAGUCUCUGGAGGACCUGCAUACGCAGCGCGUCAUGGCGAACGUGCGCGAGCGUCAGAGGACUCAGUCUCUGAACGAGGCGUUCGCGUCUCUGCGCAAAAUCAUCCCCACGUUACCCUCGGACAAACUCAGCAAGAUACAGACUCUCAAACUGGCCGCCCGGUACAUUGAUUUCCUCUGUCAGGUGCUGCAGAGCGACGAGCUGGACUCCAAGAUGUCCAGCUGCAGUUAUGUGGCGCACGAGAGGCUCAGUUACGCGUUUUCCGUGUGGAGAAUGGAGGGCGCGUGGUCCUUGUCAACAUCACACUAGUGCACGGACGCGCGCGCUUCGGAUGCUGCAUGAUUUUCCGCCAUAAGCAUGGAGUCAGAGCAGCGGAACUCACUGGAAGGAGCGACACGAAAACAAUGGCGAAAAUGAGGAUUAUAAAGGGAAACUUCUGGAGCAUCAUGACGUCGUUGCAAGCACUUACAGGAGUGAAGUACGACAUGCGAGCAGGAAUUACGGUCACAUCUGGGGAAUGUGGAAAACAUGUGCUUCCGUCCAGCAACAGAGACUCAAUGCACAUUUGACGUGUCGUCAUAUUUAUUUCUGAAAGAAUCGGCUCAUAUCUGCGUCAACACUUUCUUUGACUGGUCCUAGAAAAGACAUUUAUUUAUUUAUUAAUGAUUGUCAAUGCAGAGAGAUCUGGUGUCUACAUGCAUUUUUUAUUUUAAAUACGAUGUAAAUAUGUGUAUAUUUUCUGCAAUAAAACAUGGUUUGAAACGGA